GGUUCGCUAUUGCUAUCAGCCAUGGUCAGUCCUCUAGUCUUCGCUUUUCUGUUCUGUUUGGCCGCCGUUGGCCUGGUCGCCGCCGAGAAGUCUGAUUUCUGUUUGAGUGAAAUCGUGAGAUCGGACGAGCGCAUCCGUUCCCAUGGCUAUCCUGCCGAGUCCCAUGAAGUCAUCACCGAGGAUGGCUAUGAGCUGACGCUCUUCCGCAUCCCGUACUCCCACAAGCUGAAGAACCAGAACGAGAAGCGUCCUCCUGUGCUCCUCCAGCACGGUUUGUUCAGCAAUUCGGACUGUUUCCUGUGCUCUGGACCGGACAACUCCCUGGCCUACCUGCUGGCCGAUGCGGGCUACGAUGUGUGGCUGGGCAAUGCCCGUGGCAACAUUUACUCGCGGGCCAAUGGUCAGAUCUCCCUGAACAGCCACAAGUUCUGGCACUUUGACUGGCACGAGAUUGGCACCAUUGACAUUGCCGCCAUGAUCGACUACAUCAUCGAGGAGACCGAUUUCCCCAAGGUGCACUACGCCGGACACUCCCAGGGCACCACCGUGUAUAUAGUGCUGCUCUCCGAGCGCCCCGAGUACAACGACAAGAUCGCCACGGGCCAUAUGUUGGCUCCUUGUGCCUUCUUCGAGCACGGCACUUCGUUUGUGUUCAACGCAUUGGGACCCUUGGUGGGCAGCCCUGGUGGCAUUUGGAACCAACUGUUGGUGGACACCGAGCUGAUACCGCACAACAAUCUGGUCAAUCGUUUGGUGGACAAUGGCUGCCAUCUGUCCGACUCAAUCUGCAAGAAUGCCUUCAUUAUGUUCGCCAACGGUGGCUACGAGAAUGCCAAUGCUAGCUCCAUGCAAGUGCUGAUUGAAACCCAUCCGGCUGGCUCCUCCAGCAAUCAGGGCAUCCAUUACUUGCAGCUGUGGCAAUCGCACGAGUUCCGUCAGUACGAUUGGGGCACGAAGAAGAACAUCGAAACCUAUGGCCAGGCGCUGCCACCAGCAUACGAUCUGAGCAAGAUCACUGCCCAAACACACUCCUACUCGAGCCACAACGAUGCGCUGUGCGGGCCCAAGGAUGUGGACACGCUGGUCUCCAGGUUCACCCACCUGACGGAGGAUUAUCGUGUGCCCGUGCAGAGCUUCAACCACUUGGACUUUAUCAUUGCCAAGAACAUGAAGGAGCAGGUCAACGAUCCGAUCAUUGAGCGCAUCAACAAGUACGAGGGUCGCUAGACCCAAGCGCCCAAAAAUAAUAAAAAGCAAAUGCAAUUU